CCAAUUUUCUCGGAUUUUAAUUUCUAAAACUAUUUCUUCUUACAAUCCCUAAAACCCCAGUACUCUUUCACGCAACCUACUAAACUCAGCUCAAAGCUCAUCUGUUUCUUCGUGAUUCUGAAAAGAACAAUCAUAGAUCCAUGACUCAGAAUUCCUGAUGAGAAUUUUUAAACCAGGAAAGCUAAAUUCAAAUUAGAAAGAAGCGUUAUGUCAAGCAAGAGAGCUUUGACACCUGUUUCAUCUAGAGUCCAACGAUCUGCAUAGAAUCCAGAACACUACAGGCUCGUGGGCUGAAAUUAUUUCAGACAGCGCUUUUGAUGACUCUGCAACAGCUUGCAGACAAGCUUAAACGAAGCUGUAUCUACUACUGACUUUGAUGGUGAAAUAUCGAAAACCCUAAAUUAAAAGAAAGAAAAAAAAAAACCAAAACUUUUUAAAUUGUUUUGUUUUGGCUUUUGUUUUUUCCUCUGAGUGUUUUUUUUUUCACCAUCAAUAUUCAAUGCUUACAAAAUACAGUGUGUAAACAAAAACCAAAAAAAAAUUCCUUCUUUAAAUCCUAAAGUCUCGAUUUUUAAAUUGUUUUGAGGGAAAAGCUUUUAGGCAUGAGAUUAUUGGUGAGAUGUUUCCUAAAACCGGAGAUGAUGUUAUAAUUGGAGAUCUGAUGAAGACUAACAAUGGAGACGUGGUGGAUAACAACAACAACAGCAACCGGUUAAGCAGGUGGCAUCACAACUCUUCCCGGAUAAUUAGGGUUUCGAGGGCUUCCGGUGGCAAAGAUCGACACAGCAAAGUCUGGACUUCCAAAGGCCCACGUGACCGGCGUGUCCGGUUAUCAGUCUCAACCGCUCUUCAGUUCUACGACCUUCAAGACCGGUUAGGUCUCGAUCAGCCGAGCAAAGCCGUUGAAUGGCUAAUCAAAGCUGCCGAAGAUUCGAUCUCCGAGCUUCCUUCCCUCAACAACACGAAUUUCCCGAUGACCGAUGACGAGAACCAGAAUCAGACAGUAACUGGUGCGGCUAAAUCGGCUUGUAGUAGCAAUUCGGACACGAGCAAGAACUCUUCCGGUCUGUCUCUUUCGAGAUCGGAGCUAAGGGAUAAAGCUAGGGAAAGAGCUAGAGAGAGAACCGCCAAAGAGACCAAGGAGAGAGACCACACUGGUUCCUUCACCGAUCUGUUGAAUUCCGGUUCGGAUCCGGUUAAUGUAAACCGGCAAUGGAUGGUUUCUUCUUCAUCGCCUGCUCAAAUGGAGUAUUUAAGCUCGGGUUUGAUACUCGGGUCGGGUCAAACCCAUUUCCCGAUUCAAACAAAUGCUCACCCUUUCUCCGAUCAUCAUCAUCAUCCUCAAGAGUUUUCCUUCGUUCCCGACCAUCUGAUUUCUCCGGCAGGAUCCAACGGCGGUGGAGCAUUCAAUCUUGAUUUCAACAUGUCGACGACCUCCGGCGCCGGAACCGCCGUGGCCUCCGCCGGGUUCAGUGGUUUCAACAGGGGGACCCUUCAGUCCAAUUCAUCAAAUCAUCAUCAGCAGUCUUUUCUCGCUAAUCUGCAGAGGUUUUCAUCAUCAGAAGGUGGUGGAGGUCCACAGUUCUUGUUCGGUGCACUGCCUGCAGAGAAUCACCACCCCAACAGUCACCAGUUUCAGCUUUAUUAUGAAAAUGGAUGCAGAAACUCAGACCAAAAGGGCAAAGGCAAGAACUGAUGAUACUGUUACCAUUUGCAUCUUUUGUUUGAGUAUCUUUGUUUUCUUUCUUUCUUGCUUUAUCUAUCACCCAAAUGUCAAAUCUCGCUCCUCUUGGUUUAUCUUUGGGAUCAUCAUCCUCUCAAUGUGUGCGUUAAAUCUGUUUGA